AUGCCUCUUACACGAACUCACCGUCACACUGCUCCCCGUCGCUCCAUCUUCAGCACUCGUCGCCGUGCUCCCGCCCGCUCGCACCGUCAUACUACAACCACCACCACUACUACCACUACAAAGCCCCGUCGAGGCAUGUUCGGUGGUGGUGCUGGUCGACGUACUCAUGCCACUACUGCCCAUGCUGCCCCCGUCCAUCACCACCAGCGCCGACCUUCCAUGAAGGACAAGGUCAGCGGUGCCCUGCUCAAGCUCAAGGGUAGCCUGACUCGCCGACCUGGCGUCAAGGCUGCUGGAACUCGACGCAUGCAUGGUACUGACGGUCGUGGUGCUCGCCACCGCCGCUACUAA